CCAAAUUUCUCUCAAAUCUUCAGCUCAUUCGAUCACAGCAAUGGCUACCAAGCUUAGUAUCAAGAUCAAGGAUGCUAAAUUCCUCCAUUUCCUCUCCAAGCUCAUGAUGAUGCUGGGAUUGUUCUUGUUCUUUGUAUGGAUGCUUGGAUUUGCCAUGCUUGUUGGGUUUGGGUCCAUUCAAUGGGAAAGAAACAAGGAUUGGAGGAGUUGUUGGGAUGGAGAGAGGAUGGGGAGGAUAACCAUUUUCUCUGCGCCGAAACCCUUGAAGAAUGGGGGUGAUUUGGUGGGAGAGAGGCAGGAGCUGGCUGUUCGGUCAUGGCUGGCAUUGUCUUCAGAUGUGGAUGUUGUUCUCUUUGGCCAUCAUCCUUCAAUCUUUGCUUUUGCUGCAAAGCUUGGUUCCAGAGUUGCUGUUGAAUCCCAAAUAGACUUCACGUUCCUUGAUACCCCAUUCUUUCACUCUAUGGUUGCAAGAUCUCAAACUAUGCCUGGAAUUUCUAUUUUUGUGGAUCCUGAGAUUAUUCUUCUACCAAAUAUUUUAACCACAUUGUGUGUUACAAGCACACUUAACCAUGAUUGGUUCUUGGUAUCAAUUUCAACAUACAUUUCUUACUUCCCUUAUCAUUUAGAUGAUGGUGGAAAUUACUGGUUAGAAUAUGAUGGUGACAAGGUAAACAUCGAGAAGCUGCAGGAUUUUGUGGUUCAAGAACAGGAACACAGAAAUGGCAGUGGGAGACUUCUUAUUGCGUGGAACUCUGGAGAUCUUUCACUACAUGCUGGUGUUCUUCCACCUUUCCAUUACUUGCAAGGUUUGCACAAUGAAUGGCUUUUAAAUGAGGUGUUGUCGUCAGAAUUUAGGUUUGUGUUUGAUGCCAGCGAGGUCAUAUCUAGUUUCUAUCCUGAACAAUUGGGGGAAUGGUCUCAUGAAUUUCGGAUGACUAAUGGUAAUGUUGACGGAAUAGAUUGGGAAUAUAGUGGAAAUUGUGAGCAAGCAUUGCUUUAUGGAUCUCUUUGUUGCCGACCGAAAAAUAUAUCUAAUAACAUAGCUAAACUCGUGAAACAUUCCGGGAGAUAUGUUUUCAUUAAUCCAGAGAAAGACAUCCUUUAUUCUGUCCAAGGAUUUCAUAGACAUGCAUAUCAGCACUUGAAACUAGUGUCCGGUCAAAAGCAGGGAAUUUUACAGUUGUUUCCAAGGUUUCAAUUGAUCACACAAGAGGAAAAAUUGAUUACUACUGGGGGUAGUGAUAAAUUGGACACUGUUAGUACAACCUCCAUGAAGCUAUGCAAGGAUUCAUCGGCAAGGUCAAGCCACUUACAUUUUCCCUAUUCUCUAGAAUCCCUCCUUCAGCUUGUUGCAGACCAGAAUAAAUCUGUUGUCCUUGCAGUUUCUGGAGACAAUUAUAAGGACAUGCUUAUGAAUUGGGUGUGUCGUUUACGGCAUUUGCUGGUCACAAAUUUUAUAGUCUGUGCCCUUGACAUUGAGACUUACAAGUUCUCAAUAUUGCAGGGACUGCCAGUCUUCAUGGACACACUUGCUCCGAGUAAUAUCAGUUUCGAUGACUGUCACUUUGGCACUGAAUGCUUUCAGAGAGUGACUAAAGUAAAAUCUCGAAUUGUUCUACAGAUACUAAAAUUGGGAUACAAUGUGUUGUUGAGUGAUGUGGAUGUGUAUUGGUUUGAGAAUCCAUUGCCUUUUUUGUACUCCUUUGGUUCUGCUACAUUGGUGGCACAGUCAGAUGAAUACAAUGAGACAGUGCCCAUAAAUCUACCACGGCGGCUGAACUCGGGUUUUUACUUUGUUAACUCUGAUCCUUCCACCAUAGCUGCAAUGGAAAAGGUGGUGAAACAUGCCUCAAUUUCAGACUUAUCCGAACAGCCAAGCUUCUAUGAUGUUUUAUGCGGUGAGGGUGGCCUUUACCGUAUUGGUGAUAAUCAGUGCCUUGAACCCUCUACAAAUCUCACUGUGCAUUUUCUGGAUAGAAAUCGGUUUCCAAAUGGAGCUUACAAAGGUUUAUGGGAGAAGCAUAAUGUGACAUCAGCCUGUGUGAAGCAAGGUUGCAUUGUCCUUCAUAACAACUGGAUCAGUGGGAGGAAGAGGAAACUGGAACGCCAAGUGCGAUCUGGCCUCUGGGUUUAUGAUACCAGCUCUAGAAUGUGCGUGCAGAGUUGGCAACGGGUUCAUUUUACAAGUUAUUUCUAAAUUUUGGUGGGCAUUGCUGCCGCAUUUUUAAGCCAGAGGGCAAAAUUAUUGGCUGCAGUAAUGUUGGAGAUUUGGUUCAACACAUUGAAGGCAUUGCAUUCAGUUUAUUUCUGGAUGUUCCUAAGGCAAGUUCUUUAUCUGAGAAUGUUUAUUCCACAUCAAAGUCAGUUUAUGAAUCAGCUGAAUAUUGACCAGGAAGAAUAGCAACACUUUAAGUAUGUCAUGACAACACAACUAUGUUUGGAUAGAGCUCUUUAAAUGUCAAAUGAUCAAAUGCACGGAGAAGGAAAUUUAAUUCUUCACCUCGUUGACUGGUAGGUAUUUGCCAAUCUCGUAGUUUUGGUCGGAGGUGCUCAAUGAUUGACAUGGCUCACUUAUUUCUUGAGAACAGAAGCUGUUACCAGACCAUAUGCAAUGCAGAUGCUAUAUUAAUCUGCAUGGGAGAUUUUCCUAGUGUUUUGCCAACAGUUUCAUGGGAGCAGCAGCAUUGUUUAGACACAGCACCUAAGUAAAUUUUCAUGUAAUUUUGCUUCCUGCUAAAUUACUUGCAAUCAAUGAUCUUGUCGAUUUCACCUCUAUAUUUAAUUAGAUUAAUUGGUGAUGUUGUUCUGUUAUGUAAAGUUACUAAGUUUGGGCAAGCAAAUAAUCUCUCCUGGACCGAAAAAAAAUGUACAACCAUUCUGCAAUGCACAAUAAUAAGCAUUCAUUCCAGGGACAAACUAGAAAAGUAU